AGAUCUGUGGAGGGUGGGGGGAUGGGAGGCAGGGAGGCCGAAGGGAGAGCAGCGAGAGCCAGGGCCGUUGCCCUGCAGAAGUGGCUGGAGGAAGGAUAUGCCCUCUUGCACGGUGGUACUGGGGGAGGUGCUGCUGCUGGCACUGCUGCUGGUACUGCUGGUGGUAGUGCUGGUGGUACUGGUGGUGGUACUGGCUGGUGGUGGUGGUGGUGGUGGUGGUGGUUCUGCUGGGAGCCAUGGUGACGAUGCUAGUGCUGAUGCUGUUGCUGGUGGUGCCGGAGUAGGAUCAGCAGCGCAAAGAACAGGAGCAGCAGCAGAAGCAGCAGCGCCGGUCAGGCCAGCAGCAGCAGCAGCAGCAGAGCUUACGCCAUCUGGAAACGACUCGUUCUUGCAAGUGCCGUUUCUAGACGUGGAGCAGAUCCCAGAGGGGCGGAGGUCGGCUGUAGCAUCAGCUGUAGCCCGGGAGAUGUGGACAGCAGGUGCCGCCCAUGUCGUGGUGGAGCUCUGCCGCCAGGUAACCCCUUCCCCACUAGCUGCCGAGCUUGGCCGGCCAGUGCUGCCCUGGACGGCCCAUGAUGACGCCUGGCACUUUCCUGCUGCUGCUCCUGCUGCAGCUGCUGCUUCGUCCUCUGCCAGUGGUGGUGCUGCUGCUAUUGGUGCUACUUCGUUUCCUCGUGGGGGUGCUGCUGCUACUGGUGCUACUUCGUUUCCUCGUGGGGGUGCUGCUGCUACUGGUGCUACUUCGUUUUCUCGUGGGGGUGCUGCUGCAAGUGCUGCUGCGAGUGCGCUUGGUGCUGCUGAUAGUGCUGCUGGCAACAGUGCUAGGAAUGAGAUGGGUCGUGCCACCAGGAGACAAAAAAAUGGUGGUGGUGGUGGUGCUGCUGGUGGCAGUGGCGGUGGUGGUGGACUAAACGUGGGACGAAUGAGGUAUACACGAGGGAGGUCAGAAAUCGAUGUUUUUCGGAGAGCUCACGGUGCCAUGAAGGGAGUAAAUGCUGGGGUAUGGAGCAAUGGAGAGCGUGGGAACGAGAAUGCUGAUAUAGAGCACUGGAGGUGGGAGAGAAAGGGGAGUGAGAAAUCAGGCCAGGGUGAGACGAAGAGGGAGGCAUGUGACAGGGAGAUGGAGGACGGGGGGGCGGCAUGGGGGGUAGAGAGAGGAAGGAGAAGUAAGAGAGAGGGUAGGAGAAGCCGCUGGACAGUGAGCAGUGCAGGUGCAAACCAUAUAUCUUUUACGGGUGCAUCGGGGCCAGAUGUUGUGGGCAGAGACAGGGGAGUACGCCUCAGUGGAGACGGUGUGGUUGGUGCUGGAGACAGCAUGGCUGGUGCUGGAGACAUGGUGGCAGGCGCAGCUAUGGGCAGUGGUGCUGCAUGGGGGAUUGCGGGGUCUGGUGCGCGGUUAAGUCAGGAGGAAGCAGAGGCGUACAGCCGCGUGAUGAAGGCAGUGGUUCAGCUCAACGAGCAUCAGCGCAGAGUGGUUGCCAGAAAUAGCAGCAGCAGCAGCAGCAGUGGUAACAGCAGCAGUGGUCGGAGCAAUAACAGCAGCAGCAGCAGCAGCAAUCACAGAAUUGCACCAUCGGAGGAGGCUGGUUUGGAUGCAGUUACCUCGGACCUGCUGCUUCAGCAGCACUUGGGGCUGGCAGAGCAUGCAGCUGGGGAGAGCAGCCAGCAGCGUGAUCUUGUGCAUCUAGCCUCCCAGGCCCCCUUGGCCCAGCAGCGCCUCGUGGCGUCCCACUCGGGCCUGAUCCGCUCCAUCGCGCGCCGCUUCUUUGGCCACGGCGUGUCUCUCUCCGACCUUUACCAUGCGGGGGUGGGGGCUUUGCUCCGCGCAGCAGCCACGUACAACCCCGCGCUCCAUCCCUCAACCAGAUAUGACACAACAAACGAGGCUCCUACAUCUUCAGCCAAAGGCGCACGGGGGGGAUUGGAGAAGGGAGAGCCGAGGACGUGGGAGGAGGACGAGUAUGGCAUGAGAAAGGGCCGGCUGUGGGCGCUGCCAGGGAUGAGGGGGAAAGCGGGUGCAGGGGGUGCGGGAGGAAAGGCGGAGGGCGGGAGAGCAGUGAAGAAGGGGAUGCGAAUAGUGGAUGAAGGGCCAGGCGAGAGGGUGGGUGAAGAGUCUGUUGAGAUGCAACCAGAGCAACUGCAGCCGGGGAAACAGGGGCAGCAGGGGCAGCUAGGGCAGGGACAAGCGGAGCAAGGCCUGCUAGCAGGGGCAACACGGAGCCAUGGAAGAGUUGAGCACAGGGACGGGCUGCAGGAGGAGCAACAGCAAGCCAUGUCGUUCUCAUCCUGGGCCAGCCGUCUGGUCUACCAGACCCUGCAGCAGGAGGUGUGGCGCCGCUCGCCUGUCUUCUCCUUCCCGCGCUACGCUUACUUCCAAUACGCCGAGAUAUCCGCUGCCUACGCUUCGUUCCGCAAGCAGCAUUCCCGGGAGCCGUCCCUCAAGGAGCUCGCAGCUGCAACCAGCCUCUCGCCCCAACGGAUUGUGACUGUAUCGAGGGCCAUGAGGCGAGUCAAGAACCCACUCUCCUUCGACGUCUCUUCUCUCCCUAAUCGCACGCACACCGAGACCUUCUCCCGGGACAAGGCGGACCCCUGGCAGCAUCUGUUGGACUCAGAGCACCUGGUCCUCCUCUCACACGCCCUCUCUUCCCUCGACCCCCACCGCCGCAUCAUUUUGGAGCUUCGGUUUGGUCUGAGAGGGCCGAGACAGGUCUCACAAGAGGAGAUUGCUGCAGCGUUGGGAAUGACCUUAAAGAUGGUGUCUUACUUAGAGGUAUCAGCAUUGCGUCAACUAAGGAGAGCAUGCAUAGACAGUAUAACCCAUGACAAUUAUUAGAAGUUUUUAUCAUCUUGAAGCUGUUUGUCUUGCUUAUGUUGUUCCAAGUCCUCCAUUAUUGGUAUUAGAAAGUGGAGCUGAAUUGAAAGUAUGAUGUGUGGUAAAUGUUAUGAAAUUAUUUUGCACAUAAUUCUUCAGGGGAGCAUGACUACAAGACAGGGCCUCAGAUUGCAGGCUUUUAUCCUGAUUCAGGAUAAAAUCAGGGCUUUUUU